AUGGCGCCUCCUAUAUCCCAGUGUGUUUCAGCUGCUGCAGGUGGUGCCGUCUCCUCUAUCCUCCCUGUGCCUUCUUCUGUCUCCCUAGCUGCUGCUGGUUCCGCCAUCUCCCUCGCACCUGCUUCCUUUACUUCUUCUUCCACUUCCUGCCCCCGUCCCCCUUUUUCUUCCGCUGCUUCCCUUGCCAUUCCAUCUCUGGCUCUCCUUCCCACCAUUCUUCCUCUUCCUCUUCCUGGUCCGGAUAACUCCCUGGUAUCCCAGGGACCGUUCAGCCUUGCCAUCCGCUUCUCCUGCGGCACUCCCUUCCUUCGCAUCUCCCACGCCUCCUCCUCCAGGAGUUCCAAGAAUCUCUCUGCCUCUCUCUCCUUGGUCUCAUCGUCCUCUGUCUUCGGCUCCGCCCGUGCCGCAUGA